CUUUGCUGGGAUACUGCCCUACAGAGCACAGCAGGGCACUCCAGCCCCUUCCUGUUAGUGCACAGUGCUUCUGCCUUUGAUCUGAGUUAUCCUCUCUCCACUCUUUUACCUCUUAGACCACAGUGUUCACUAGCUGCACCUGGACAUAUACCCUUUUGGCACAUCUUUCUGUUUUGCCAUUCAUUCCUUAUUCAUCCUGUACUGGGAUUUCAUAGGGUUUCCAUGGCUGUAGCAGACGAUGAUGCAUCAUCACUCCUGUCUAUUUUUUACCUGUUUGAAAUAAUACUCCUUGCACACGGGGCACGUACUUGAGAGCUGCUCAAAAGGAUAGCUCUGCUUCACGUUGGGAAGCUGUGUGGGUACCUGAGGUCGUGCAGACAGCAAUUGAUUGCACUAUAUCUGCUGUUUUAGCUUUGCCUUUGCUCCAGGAGUGACACUGACAGUGAGAUCAUGUGAAGGAUGGGCUGAUCAUCUUGACCACGCUUUUUGACUCCUUCACAGCUGCAGUGAGGCUCUGGCACCUUUUCCUGGCUCAUAAUAAUAUGUGCAUGUUUGGUGAGUAAAUACACUGUUGACUAUGCCACUUGGGUGUGGGAGAACUCUUGUUUUUUCCUGUGAGACUGGAAUCUGUAACAGUGCUGGAUCUAAGCUCGGGAUGUGCCUCUUCUCUCACACGGUUCAGGGUCAGAGCUGCGAGCAGCCUGGGCCCUACAGACACAGUCUGCCACGGUUGCCACUAAACCACAAGAAGUUCUUUGCAAUUGCACAAAGGUGCAUGUUUACAGUGCAUGACAUAGUCUUAAAUGGCAUGGCUUCCCCUUGCUGACAUGAGGUUUGUCUCCAGUUACCAAAUGCCUGGACUCAGUCCAGUAUGGAUGCAGCUUUUAAGCUGACUUCAUCAGAUCAAGGGCUGUUCUCAUAGCCUACAGUAGAGUUCUGGCUUUUACUGCAGGCGGAUGCAGUGAUGUUGCCCAUGUUAGGUCCAAGGCAAACUCUCAUGCCUAUCCAAACUGUUUUAGCCACCAUAACCCACUCUGUAGUGGAGGUGCUUCUAUGCAGCGUGGGGCUGAUAGAAUAAAGAGCUGCCUUCUCUAGUUGCUCUUGCUGUUUUGUUCCUGGCUGGGAACACAGGAAAUAUUUUCCUCUGAUGUUACGUACUCUGAAAAGCAUAUUUAUAUACCUCUUGCUUUAAGCAUCCUGCCUGUUGGAGAUACUGCUAAAAACCCACAAAGCCUUUUAGCAAAGGCCCGAGGUAAAACUUCACGCUUGCUUUGGAAAAGCAAUGCGUUUCCAAGCAAAAGCUGAGACUGUUCCUUUAAGCUCAACCCCAAUAUGUCUGGGUAUUUCAGCACAUAUGGGCCACGAUGGUUAAACCCUACCCAGCUGGUCCGGCCAUUCUGCCGCGAAGCCUCCUGUCUUUGUUCGUGGCUAAAAGGGAGGGUGGUGAGAGACAGAGCAAGCUGUGAGUGCUGCGGGUUGCAAUCCUGCAAAGGCAGCCUGCAGGGCAGCGGGAGGAGACGACAUGCAGCCGACAGCCCGGUUUGCUGUGCCGGAGGGGAUGGGGGCUGUGAGAAAUUCUCCAUAGGGGAGACCGUGUCCUUGGCGUGAUGAACUCAAAGGGGCCUUUAAACAGCCCUCGGCGCUUUGUUCUGCAUUUUCUGCCCUUCUUUCCCUUCCCUCCCCCUUUCCCCACUGUCCUUUUGUCAUUUUUCAUGCUGGAUGUCAUGUGCCCAUGGGGACAGGCCAUUGUAGAGGGCAAUGCUGGGCAGCAGUGGGAUGGAGGGCUCUGGGAGGUCUUUCCCCACUCCAAGGAGAAGGCAGGCUGCUGCCUGUCCUGUGGGGUGCUUGGCUGCUUUGGCCACCCCAGCGAGGGUCACAGGGACACUGAGUCCCCCAUGAGACCCCUGCAGUGCUGUGCCAGGGAGAGGAGCUUUGCUUCCUUUCUUCCUCGUGGGCAGCCCAAAUACCUUCUUAAUUUCAUCUCAUUAUUCCCUGCCUAAAUAAUUCCUCUUCCUCCUGGGGGACCGCGUUUAAAACUUUGAUCUCCUCUUGACGACUCGCGGUCCUGAGCACAUCCUUUCUGCUUAAAUGGAUCAAAUGCCUUUUUGACUCAUGAUUUAUAGAUCUUCCCACCAAGGAGUUCAGGAAGCCCUGAUACAGCAGCCUCAAAAAAAAAAAAAAAAAAACAAAAAAAAACAACAACAACACCCCAUGAUGUCUCCGGCCUGAGCCUCAGCACUCAGGGCUGACCCAGAGCCAUUUGUGAAGGGCUGCCUAGCUUCUCAUCAGCAUUACUGCUGUUCUCAUCCUCCCCCCAUCCCCUCUGCUCUGCUGACUGAUGGCGUUGCCUGGGCUCGGGCUCGGCCAGGGAAUUGCCAUCCCCAGGUCAGGAGGGGGUGAAUGUGCCCGAGGCUGAUGGAUGCCUUUCCCCAGGAUGGGGUCACAGCUGGUGUGCUGCACAGCCCUGGCCCCCAUGUGCUCCCCAUGUCCCAGGGGUACUGCUGACACGGAGCGCAGCUGGAGGGAUGGAGAUGAGCGGCCACGUAGGUGUCAGUGUGCUGAGAAUGGUGGUGGAGGAAGCCUGGUGUUACUGUGCUGGAUGAGCCGUGCUGCUUCUUGGUGGAUCUGUGGGCUUUCUGAGGCAAGAGAACUGUCCUGGCUGGGGUCUUGGUCACGACGACCCAUGAUGUGGUAUGGGGACAGAUCCUUUUUAUCCCAGCUCAUUUGGCUCCAGCUAAUUGAGCUCCACGGAGGUGGACGUGCCAUCAGUGGGAUGCAUGUCUGGUGCCAACCAGCUCUGCAUGGCUCCAGUGAGGCUGGGCAGGGGCAGAGAGCCCAGCCAAACAUUACUGUUAUUACCCAUAUGUAAAUACAGGCACUUAAUGACCUUGGCAUGGAGUGUUUCCUGGGAAUUAAUGGCCAGUUGGUGUUAAUGGUCCUUAGCAGCACCUCGGGCCAACGGCUCCUCCCAGCCCAUCAUUAAUCCACAGGAAAUGUCUCAGGCAUCGAUCCUCAUUGCUUAAUUAAUAAACGCAACUCAUCUCCACGGCUGAGAUUUGGAGACACUGGCUGCUUCUUUCCCCACCGCCUGGAAGGUGCCUUUUUCAAGCAGAGGUCUCUCCCACGCAUGGCUUCAUUUUGCCAGGCCUCUGUGUGCAGCAUGGGCUGUGAAAGCACUGUGCAGUUGGGCAGGCAGUGAGAAGCCCAAUGCUGGGAUGCUGCCGGUGUCUCCAGCUUUUAUCAACAGUUGGCUUGUGCUACAGUAUAAAUCACGUUAAUUCCUGAGGUACUUUUCCGUGGUGAGCCUGAAAUUCCCAUUUUGGUUUGCUGUCUUGCCUGGCGAACUAAAUUAUUUUCAUAGCCCCUUAAGGGCAUAUUGUCAGCCCAGACUUACUGCCAUUAUACACCAUAUCUGAAGCAUUAAUAUCUCUUCUAAAUAUAGUGUAUUGACAAGGUAUCUGCUAUAGUGUAAAUCUUUGGGACAUUUGAUCCAGAUCAUUAAAACCGAGUGAAGGAAGGGAGGAAUAGAUCAAGUUGCUUGCUGCUCUUAAUUCAAACAAGCGAUGAAUUAUUCAUUCCACUAUUAAUUCUGCAGCCCUCCUGCUUUUUAUUUAUUUCUCCCCGUAUUUAUUUUUUCCCUCCUGGACAGACAGCUCUGGAGAGAUGCUCGGGUGGUGGUGACAGCAGGAUGGGGCGCAGGGCCAUGGGCUGCAUGCCGGUUUUGGUCCUGUUCUGCACGGUGCUCAGGGUGGCCCCGAGUGGAGGUAAGGUUCUGUGCAUAGUGGGGGUUGGGAAUGGCUCAGCAGCACUGGGUGUGCAGGUACGUGGGGUGGUGAGUCCUCGGUCAUGCUUAUUUUAGGUGGUAGGUAGGCAUUGUCUUGUGGUUACAGGCACUUUGUUGAAGGGUUUGUUAACUUCUGGAGUUCUACAUACGCGUAUACAUACAUACACACCAGUAUAUAUGUAUAUGUUUGUAUGUAUGCAUGUGCAGCUUGCUCUGUGUGUGUGUGUGUGUGUGUGAGACAAAACCCACAUAUUAUCUGUGACCCUGGGCACGGGCCGCAGUACUGCGUGGCAUUGGGGUGGGACAGCUCAGCCAGUUGUUUCAGCCAGCUGGCUGUAUCCUUCCCCAAAAUGCAGAGCAGCCCAGGCACCCCAUCCUCAGUGACCCACCCCUCCUGCUGAAUUCCCUUUUGGGUAUGAUUCCAGUAACAUCAGGCUGUUAGCACAGUCCUGUAUGGCUUGAUUGCCUAUCUCUGGUAAUUAGCAAGGUGCAGAGAUCCACCAGCAUUGCUGCUCAUGCACACAUGCACACCAGAUCUGCUCACAGUGCAGCGCUGCGCACAUCCUCGGCUCUCUUCCUUGCCACACUGACAAGCAUAAUGGACAGUAGUAUGCAAUGGCUGAGUAUUGAUUUGCACAUGCUUGACCCAGAUUGAUGGCAGUGAGCAUGCAGCCAUGUUUGGGAACCAGCACGUGUUCCCCAUAGGCUACACAGAGCCUCUCCCCUCCCAGAUGCAAUGUCUGUGCCUGCUGUGCAGCAUCUGCACCCAGCCCUGGCUCCCUCCCUGCCUUAUUUCAUUAUAACCAUGUCUCCAUAUAAAGGUUUCAUUAGAAAAUCAAUCCCUACAUGCACAACUCAUUGUGAAGCGCAUUGAACCCUUCAUCCCUGUAUCUCCUAGCCUGAAUUCACCAAUACCACCUUCGUACGCAGGGAAUGUUUUGAGCAGAUAUCAAAAAGCUGAAGGGAUGGGCAGCCCACGGGUUAUCCCUACAUUUAACAUCUGUCUUUAGAGCUGCUGUAAUCGGGGAGCUGAGGAGCACCUCCAGAGGUUCUCUGGGGCAGGAUGUUGCAGCUGCCUCCUGGCACAGGACUGAGGAUGGGGCUGCCUUGGCCAUGCUGCCUUACCUGCAGGUGCUGGAUUUCCCCCCUUGCAGCUUUUGGGAAAAGGAGAGUAUAUUUCUUGCUGAGGACCAGCCAGAGUGUAACCACUGCUCUCUUAAAACUUACUCUUUACUUUUUCCCAGCAAGAAAUAGAUACUGACAAUAAGAUGUAGGUGGACCAGUGGGAUGAACUCAUGGAAAUGGUCAAGUGUGGGAGCCCAUCAUUCAGCAGGGCUGCAGGGGGGUGGAGGAGGAAGUUACACAGAGGGAAAAAUGGCAGUGGGGGGGACACGUGUAUUGCAGGUCUCCCUGGACACCUCUUCUAGGUCUGGAUGGUAUUUUGGCAGCGCUGGUGUUAGGAUGGAGCUGUGGCGGGAUGGAGCUGGUGCUGUGCAUCCCAUAUAGUCCAGUCCCACUGCCCACCAUCUUUUUAGGCAUGUCCUAGAAGGGAUUCAUCACAUCUGCCUCCCACCCCUCUUUCCUGUCAUCAGGCAUCAAAUGUGGCGGGGUGCUCUCAGCACCCUCUGGAAACUUCUCCAGCCCCAAUUUCCCAGGGCCGUACCCCUACGAGACGGAGUGCACCUGGCUGAUCGUGGUGGCCGAGGGCUCCUCCGUCCUGCUCUCCUUCAGCCACUUUGAGCUGGAGUACCACGCCGCCUGCGCUUACGAUUAUCUCCAAGUCUACAAUGGGGCAUCCCUGGACCAGGGUAACCUUCUGGGCACCUUCUGUGGCCGUAGUGCCCCACCACCUUUUGCUUCUGCCUGGCACGUCAUGGCUGUGGUCUUCCGCUCUGACCGGCACGUGGCCAAGCGUGGCUUUGCUGCCACCUACCACAAAGAUGCAUGUGGUGGGCAACUGACGGGGCUGUCUGGGGAGAUCGCCAGCCCGCGGUACCCCGAGAGCUACCCCAAUGAUGCAGAGUGCCGCUGGAGCAUCAGGGCGACUGACGGCCCCCUCACUCUGAUCUUUGCUGACUUCCAAGUAGAGGGCAGCCAAGGUUGUGGCUUCGACUAUGUGGCUCUUUUCGAUGGCCCUACUGCUGCUGCCCCCCACCUGGGUCGCUACUGCGGUAGCACCCGCCCGCCCCGCAUCGUCUCCUCUACCCAACACCUCUUCAUCCUCUUCAAAUCAGACUUCAACAUCGUGGGCAGGGGCUUCAAGGCCCGUUUCUAUUCAGGUGAGUGCCAGGAAGUCUACACCACCAUCAAGGGAAAUUUCUCCAGCCCUCAGUACCCCAACUUCUACCCCAACAACCUCCAGUGUCAGUGGAGCAUCCAGCUGCCCCCAGGCUACCGGAUCAAAGUCUUCUUCUUGGAUCUGGAGCUGGAGGCUCGGAGCAGCCUGACCAGUGGCUGUGACUACGACCGCCUGGAUGCCUUUGAUGGUGGAACUGAGAAUGCCUCCCUGCUGGGGACGUGGUGUGGGAGGGAGAGCCCAGUGCCUGUCACCUCCCGCAGCCAUCAGCUGCUGUUGGUCCUCCACACGGACCGCAGCACAGCCAAGCGGGGCUUCUCCCUUGCCUACGUUGGAGUCGUACCCAUGAACGUCAGCUGCACACGGACAGACUUCCACAUCCAGAUCCCCAUGCAGGCCCUGGCCCAGCUGCAGAGGAACAAGGUGUACUUGGGGAUGCCCUCCUGUGUGGCUCAGGUGGUUGGUUCACACUUCAGGAUACACACCCGCUUUGACACAUGCGGCACUGAGUCUCAGAGACGAAACAACACAUCCAUCAUUGUCAGCACACUCUACAUUGACUUCUCGGUGGGUGACCAGGAGGACAUCCACCGGUACGAGGUGCAGUGUGAGCCCAAGAGGAAGGAAGCCUCUGUGUCCCUCAUUGCUGGCCCAGACCCACACAGACUGAGCCAGGCAGAAAACAUGGUGGACGUGCAGCAGAGAGGGGCGGGAGUGAUGGAUGCCCACGAAAUCAAGAGCCAGGACACCAGUGACAUCGUCUUCAUCAGCAUCUGCAUUUUGGCUGGCCUGCUUAUGGUCAUUGCUGUGGUUGGGCUCGUGCUGCUGUAGCACACUCAGGUUGGAAACGUGGCCCCCAAAACCACCCUUGCCCCCAGUUUUGUGCUAACACAGCUGCUGAAAUGGAGACGGUGAAACAAAGCCUGAGCCCAACCUCCACCUCAUCCCCACGCCUGAGAUCUGGGUGGUAGGCAGCCAUUUUCCUUCCCAUCAGUUUUCCUCUGUCUCUCAAUCUGUCCAUUUGGCUCAGGAAUGCACUUCUUAUGCUCUGUAACUAUUCCCACACCUGCUUCAAUUUGUUUUCCCUCUGGUGCAUCUACUUUCGGGAAAGUAACACUGUUUGCUGAUGGCUGGAAGUAAUCUUGUCAACUGCUGAAUUCCUGAACGUAGCAACUACCCCCAAAUACAGCAAUAUUUGUAACAAACCUUCUCCAUGUUCCCCAUCUGUACUGGUGUGGGUGCUGUGGAUCUGUAGUGCAGACAUCAGCAUCUUCCCUCGGUGUGCGGUGAUGGGUACAGCACAUGUGGGUGCUUUUGGGUGGUGUUUCUGGAUGUCCUUACACCAUAUCUGAGGUUAGGGCUGGAAAAGACCUUUGAGAUCCAACCCACCCCACCAUGCCCACUGCCCA